AUGGGGACUUUACAGAAAUUCAAGCUCCUCGCCACGCAGUGCGGCGUGGCCCGGAGCCCGACGCGAAGCCCGCGGUCCAGCCCCUUGAUCCAGCUGCCUCGCCGCAAACCCACCUUGCUCAUGCUCCUGACCCGGAGCAGCAGUCGCCGCCGUGACCCGCCUGUUCCGAUGCCGCUACCGGAAGAGCUUCCGGUUCAGAGGAACAGUUUGAAGGACUUGUUUGUGUCGUCGCCGCCAUUUGAGUUGACCGACGGGACGAAGGCGGAGAGUGAGAGAGAUAAGCGGGCAGAGUUCGGUAGUUUGCUGGCGGUAGGUAAAGAAAUUGGCGGAUUUGGACCGGGCUCGCCUAGGCCGGCCUGGACCGGUUUCCGUUACAAGUCGUUACUGAGAAGAGCUUGGCGCCCUACGCUCGUCACUAUUCCUGAAUAA